AUGCUUGGCUGCUUACAACUUUUGCCAAAAUUUUGCAGAUGUCAUGAUCCGACCAAAAGUUGCUGAUGCUCUCUCAUAUCUCGACCAGGUGAAAGCUAGAUUUUCUAACCAGAAUGCAAUCUAUAAUGACUUUCUGGACGUUAUGCGCCAGUUCAAAGCUCAAACCAUAGGUACUGAUGUUGUCAUUCGGCGUGUGAGGGAACUUUUUGAUGGCCACCAAGAUCUUAUAAUCGGUUUCAACACAUUUAUACCCCAGGGCUAUCGAUUGGAAAGUGCAGCUGCCACUACAAGACAAGUGAAUGUUUCACUUCCUACUGUCGGUCAGGUAUAUCCCUCUGAAGUAUCCCCAGGCAAGCUGCCGUCAUUUUCAGCAUUUCGUCAUUCUGAGUCUACAUCUCAUGAGGCAAUUCCGUCCAGUUCGUCCACGAUAUCCUAUCAGCCAAUUCCACAGACUGCGGAAAACACGUUUUACACUUCUGCUGUUAGUCAGCCACCUGUUUUACGUUCUCAACUUACCACUUCGGAUUCCCAGCAGCAGCCAUUGUCGCAUAAUUAUCAACAUAUAUCUGCCCCUAACAGCCAAGCUAUCAUUGAAAGUCACAUGGUAUACCCUCCCAGUAUUCAAUCAUCUCAUCAACAACAAGCAUACGUUCCAAACGUUCAGCAGCAGCAGCAACAGCAACAGCAGCAACAACAACAACAACACAAUGCCCAAUCAUUUAAUCAUGCCAUCAUUUAUGUGAACAAAGUCAAGAAUCGGUUUCAAGCAAAACCAGAUGUUUACAAGUGUUUCCUGGAAAUACUGCAGUGGUAUCAACGUGAACAAGAACAUAUUGAUGCACAUCGUCGUAAACAAGCCGAGAUGCAGGUAUAUCAAGACGUAGCCAAGUUGCUCCAUGGUCAUGAGGAUCUAUUGCAGGAAUUUAGUCGUUUUUUGCCUGAAUCCACAAGCAUGACGUCGGAUCCACACGGGACUGGAGGAAAUCCAAAUCCACAGUAUUGUUCGGUAAGUGAACUGUCCUCUGCCGCACACAACAGAUUUUCUGCAAGCGGUGCUGGCAUUGCAUCUGAUGUUUCGUCAACUUGGCACCGUAAUCCAUCGGAAUCAAUGGGACAAUCAGAGUCAAAAAAACUGAAACGAAUGGCAGUUGCAAAUUCAUCUGUUCAAGGUUAUUCACAGGGGGAUUCGAUUCCUUUUAAAAAGCCGCGUCAAACACCGAGAGAUGUGAGUUUAUCAGAUGCAGGGAUUACUAUUGCUGGACCUGAGGCCAUCUUGUUGCAGAAGAUUCGAAACGCUCUUGACGCGGAUAAUGCUGGUCGCUACUAUCAACCCUUGCUUCAGAACAUAAACCUUUACAAUCGCAAGCUGAUAGACGAAAAGUAUUUGAUGGAAGCAUCGAAUUCAGUCCUGCAUAGAUAUCCUGAACUUCAUCGGCAAUUCUGCGACUUAUUUAUUUUGUCCAAUUCCGAAUCCCGUUCGAGUGAAACUGGGCCGAAAACGCCAGAUCGAGAAGCGGUUGUAACUCCAUCCAGUUGCCUACAAAAUGAAGACGCUAAGAGAUAUCCUUCUAGUAACUCCGUUGCCAGUCCUCCCCUCUCUGACGUUGGGGCAGCAACCGGUGGGAACAGCAUUCAUCCACUCACAGGAGCUGACAUGGUCGCACUAGUAAGUGAAGUCUCCCAAAGGCGGCUUGAUUUGGAUUUCAAUAAACUGCGCACAUGUGGAGCAAGCUAUCGUGCUCUUCCACCGAAUUUCCCUCAGCCUAAAUGUUCGGGACGUGUAAAGAGCGCAAUUGCCCGAGCCGUGCUCAAUGAUACCUACAUAAGCUUUUCCUCCCUAACAUCCGAAGACUCACAGUUUGUGUCAUCAAAAAAGAAUCAAUAUGAAGAAAAUAUGUACCAUACGGAGGAUGAACGCUAUGAGGCAGACAUGGUGAUGGAAGUUAAUCGGUCUGCAAUGCAGAAUUUGAUCGUCGUGAGACGUCGGUUGGACCGAAUGAGCAGGGAUGAAAUACAAAGUUUUCGACUUGAUGAUUAUUUGGGAGGGACUUCAGCAAUUCUGAUGAAAAAGGCGAUUCAUCGGGUGUACGGUGACAAGGCGGGUGAUGUUAUAUAUGGGCUUAAAACUUGCCCACACACGGUGGUGCCAAUUGUAAUACAGAGAAUGGCUCAAAAAGAAUCAGAAUGGAAAGAGGCGUUGCGCAAAUUUCAACAGUAUUGGGCUGACCAGGAUGCUAAAAACUAUCUCCGAUCCCUCGAUCAUCAGGGCGCCAAUUUUAAGCAACGUGACACUACACUCACCCGUCCAAAAGCGGUUGUGAACCUAAUUGAAGGUAUUGCGCGCGGUGAAAAUUCCGCAUCCUCUGACCCAGUCUCUGGCGAUGUUGUUGGUGCAAUGCUGGCGAAAUGCAUGACCUGCUGUCCGCCUGGUGCGAACCCUGUCAACCCAGCAACACUUGGUUCAGCAUUGAGCCACGUCAUUGAAGGCGUUGGGGAUAAUGGUGGUAUGCAUUUAACACUAGAGUAUCCACCUCCCGAAACAUGUGCUUCACUACUUCAGGAUGUAUCUUCCCUCAUCAUACACCACGUCAAAAGGCAAUCGAAUGCCACCAAGGAGGACAAGCGAACGAUGAAGUUUCUGGUUCGUACGGUUUUGCAAGAUUUCUUCAUGCAAGAGCGUUUCCCCAUGUCAGAUGACGAGGGCGAGGACGAAGAGUGUGAAGAUAAUGAGGAUUAUGGUGGUAGCGAGAAUGAAGCUAGCGGCGAUAGCGAAGCCGUAAUGGAAAUUGGUGAAUCUACAGCUAGUGUUAUGCCAAAGCGAGUACGUCGAAUACGUCACCAAACUAGAGAUCCAAGGUCGCAAGAGUCAGCAAAUGGACCUAAGGAAAUGUCACCGGUUUCGCUGGAGCAGUCUGAUUUUAAAGGGCGAAGGCGUUCAAAGCGAAAAACAUCAAACACGAGUGGGAACGAUAGUGGUGAUCGGGAGAACACAUUGGAGUUCUCGAAGGUUUCGGUGAUUACAAAUGACUUACCUUCGAGAUUUCCUACGGAGGAAUAUUACUGCGUCCUGAAUGGCAACAAUCAGUGGUAUGCCUUUCUUCGAUUACACCACCUUCUGCUCACUCGUCUAUCUCAAUUGCGGGCAAGAUCUCAGCUAAUGCAGCAAGAAUAUGUUGAUGAGAGUGGGAAAAAUCACAACCAGGUGGCUGACGUUUUGAGGUUGCGAAAAAAAGGUCAGUUCGCCAUACUUUUCGUCUGUACGCAAAUAUUGUUAUUGGUGUUACCCCUUGAGGCCAAGAUGUACUCCUGCUGCAGUCUUGACGGACAAAGUGAACCGAAGGACUACUAUUCACUGGCUCUACAACUGGUUAAAGAUCUCUUAGAUGGCUGUGAGGAUGUGCAUUCGUAUGAAGAUCGUCUGCGUGAUAUGUUUGGCAUAUAUGCUUACCCAUGGUUUACUAUGGAUCGCCUAAUAACCAACCUCGUGCGCCAACUUCAUGUGCUGGCUAGUGGCGAUGAGUUGAGUCAACAGCUUACAUCCCUGUUUCGGUGUCACUUUAAGAAUCCAAGCAAUCGCUUACGGGUGGACUCAGACGCUGGAAUCGCAGAAAACGAUGGGCGUAACUUUUCUCCAGUCAUCAAUGGGAUAUCUGGUCCCUUGAGGACGCGCUACUCGCGACUAAAGGACGAGGCACAUUAUCAACAAGCAGUCUUUUCGGCUUAUCUAGAAGUAGCUCUUGCUUCAAACGACGACAACGGUGGCGUAUCAAAUGUUAACAGCAGUAGUGCGACGCAACCAGCCGUUCCUCCUCGUUCACAAGUUCCCAAUUGCUACACGCUUGUAAUGUUGCGUCAAGCGUCGAAACUUCUCAUUCGUCUCCAUGAUCCCACAUACAUAAUUAAAACGUGCGUCGCAGCACAGCAAAAUCCCCACGAAGCUUCGGCGUAUCCUUCGCCUCCUCGUAUCAUCUCACCACCAUCACCCGGUGAGGAGGCACGGGCUGCAAGUGCCCUCAGGCGGGCGGAAGUAGGAAAUGAGCAUGAGAUACGACAUUGGUACGACUAUCUCGCUCGAUACCUACUUAUUCCAGGCUGUUGGAUGGCAGGACCCAUUUCUGCGGCUUUAGUAGCCCGUGUAAGGCCAGUGUUUUUGUAUCGGAAUGUACGACGCUGCGUAGAGCAACUGACGCGCCAGGCCGUGGAUAGAAAGAAGGAGGAAGCUAUUGCAACUGUUGAUCCGCAACCAGAAGAGGUGAUUAAUGCUUUGUUACUCGUUUACACUCCUUGUCCUCAGCUCCAUUUAUUAACAGUUGUAAGCUUUACUGUUUUUAAGGUUCUGCUAAACAGCCUAGUACGUGAUACCUCUAAGGAGAGCGGGGAGUCAACAAUACAGGCUGACUCCACUUCCGUAGAACAGGAAAAUCUUGAAAAGGACACUUGGGAAGUCAUGGCCAGAGUGCUUAGAAACAACUUGAGUCGAUCAGAGGUGCGCCAAGUUUUACCUGUAGUAAUUUUUGAACAGGUGUUUCGUGAUACGUACUCAAGUGAUUGCAUGCAAUCGAGCAAAACCAUGAAGAGUGGCAAUCCUGCUCCCAAGACAGCUUACAAAAUCAAUUGGUCCGUCGGGUCAUACGGAAUCUUUAUCCGAACUAGGAAGAACCGGCACACUCAAUCAAGUACGAAUUCGCGAUCUGUGAGGAAAUUUCGAGAGUUUCAAGCACGCUGGCUGAGUGAGCACGGAAACAAAGCAGAGAUUGAAGCGGUUACGACGCAGCUCAAGCGAAGACCUAGUCCGAAUGAUGAGCCCGAACCUGCUACCGAGAGCUUGGAUACCAGUCUGGGGAACGAAACAGCACCCUUACCGGCCAAGGAGCUUUCGAGUGUUGUGAUAACAGCUAGUCCCGAUGAGGAAGGGUCCACUUCUAAGACCUCUACACAGGUCGAGGCGACAUCAGAUUCCGUCGAGAAUUUGAAACAUCCUGAGGCAUCAAGCUAUUGA